AUGACUCACACGAUCGUGCUCGGCAAGCGGAAGACGCACGGCAGCGGCGAGCGGCCUCGCCUCAUUCAAUGGCUGCUCCCGCCGUUCCUCCUCGUCGUCGCAACAGUCGCCGGGCUGUCGCACUGGAGCCUGUCGCGCGACAAGAGCGACUUCACGGUUCUCAACGGCAAGGCGCUGCUCAAAGCGUCGCAGAAAAUCGCGAAUCUGUGGAAAGCGAGCGGCGAGACGGGGGAACUGAGCGGGUAUCUUGCAGAUGGUAGCGAAGACGCGUAUAUCGGGAAUGGUGGGAGGGCGGGCGAGGUGGAUCCGUGGAGGUGCGCGGACGGCAGUGGGGGGAACGAAUGCGCCCAUGCCGCCGCGGUGAUUCUUGCAGAGGGCUCUCUAUCGGAGCGUGUGCACGCGGUGUGCGCGGCGUAUGCGCUGACGGCGCUCACCAACAUGCCCACGCUCGCCCUCUGGCCCGCCGACCGCCACCUGCCCGCCACCACCUUCCGCCACCUCUUUUCCGCCCCCCACGCGCCCAACAGCAGCCGCAGUCGCAGCAGCGGAGGGGAGGGGGCGGAGGGGUGGGGAGUGAGCGGGGGGGAGGGCGGGGUGUGGGUGCGCGACCUGCCUGUGCGCAGCGACGCGCUGAAGGCGCAACUGGCCUCCACGCCGCAGCAGCAGGUGGUGCUGCGGCCAUGCAGGGGCAGGCCGUCCGCCCGCUCCCUGCCUCCUCCUCCGCACCUCUUCCUCGCGCCCCACUCUGCUGCUGCUCAACCUCACACCCCACACGCCCCGCCAGCACAUGGAGCAGCAGCAGCAGCAGCAGGGGCGGCGGAGGGCGAGGGAGAGGGAGCGGGUCUGUUCCUGGGGGGACAGGGCGAAGCUGCGAGGGUGGCGCAAGGGAGGGUGGAGGUGGAGGGAUGCGAGUAUGAGCGGCGGGUGGAGGAGUGUCUGGGCGCCCUGGAGCCGUCCCCGUUGGUGGCGGCGCUGGUGCUCAAGGAGGACGUGCACCGCCUCGCCACCUCCACUGCCUUCUACGUUGAUCCUCUCGGCCCCUCAGGCUGUGCGGGGUGCAGCGAGGAGUCGGAGUAUUCACCUCCCAUGUGCGCCAUGCGCCGCAUCGCCAUGACCUACCUCGCUGACCGCACCGUCUCCUUCACCCUCGCCGCCCACUCGCCCGCCCACGUGCCGCAAAUCAUGGACUACUUCCCCCCCGCCCGCUCCCCGCUGCUGCUCCACGCCACCCAAUCGCGCAUUGCCACGUGUCAUCUGGAGGAGGAGGUUGAGGUGGAGGAGGGGGAGGGAGGGGAGAAGGGGGUGGGGGGUGGAGAGGAGGAUGUGGUGGGGGGAGAGGUGUCUAAUGCGGUGCCAUCAGCUGCAGGUGGGUUCAAAGCAGUGCCUUUAUCUACAGGUGGGUUCAACGCGGUGCCAUCAGCUGCAGGUGGGUUCAAUGCGGUGUCUUUAGCUGCGGGUGGGUUUGCCAUGUUUUGCACGAUGCUGAACAGCAGCGCCUUAGAGCUGACUUCCCCCCUCCCCCCAUCUUCUCGCCCAUGUUCUCCUUCCACAGCUACCGGAACUCUUCUCAUUGAACCUAGCAGGGGCGCUGGUCGACAGCAGCGCCCUCCCCCCUCCUUCCCUCAAUUCCCUCAUCCCCCCCCUCCACUGCUCCCCUUUCCUUUCCCUUCCCCGCCUCCCAUAGCCGGGCUGGUGGCGGUCAACAGCAGCGCGCUCGAGCCGCGCUUCAUUGCCGCCCAGGCCGCCCGGCGGUUGCCGUCCUUUCGCCUGCACGUGUCCGUGUGCGGGCGGCAUGAGAUCCGGCCAAUCACGAAGCAGAAGUGGUCCAUGUUCACCAUGGUGGAAGAGAAGCUGAAGCUGUUCAUUUGCACGGUGCCCAAGGUGGCGGCCAACUCGUGGCUCAUGUGGCUGCGCGCCAUGCUGGGGCAGCCGCACCCAGAGGACCCGCUGCUGGCGCUGGACGAUGACAGGGCGGGCUGGCACAUGCUGCACGUGCACUUCACUGAGAAGCAGGCCGUGCGGGCAAUGACGCGGCCGGACCUGUUCCGCUUCACGUUUGUGCGCAACCCCUUCUCGCGAGUGCUCUCAGCGUACAACAACAAGCUCGUCAUCACCGACUCCCCCAACAACAAGACCGGCCCGGGGUCGAGAGAGUACUGGAACCAUGCGUUUUUCAGGCUGAUUCGGGCACAGUGGGAGGCAGUGAAGAAGGAGGACGACUUGGUGUCAUUCCACGACUUUGUGAAGCUCGUGGGCCUCGUCUUCAAGGAGAGGCGCUGGCACAUGGACCGCCACAUCGCCCUGCAGAGGGACGUGUGUGCGCUGGGGCUGAUCAAGUACGACUUUGUGGGGCGGUUUGAGAGUCUGGAGGAGGAUGCCAAGUAUGUGGUGAACCGAUUCGGAGGCGACCAUCUCGACAUCUUCAACUUCGGCGUCAACGCACACCAGACCCGCGCCGACGAGAAGCUCGUGAAGAUGUAUGAUAAACUCUGCUCUCUUGGCGGCUCCCUUCCGCCCCGCGGCGCCUUUCCCUCGGCCCUGCCCACUCUUCCGCCCAUCCCCAUUGCUGCGUGCCUUCCUUCCUGCUGCGCUGCUGGUGGCGCUCUGGCGAGUGCCUUUCUUUUCCGUACCUCUCCCUCCACGGGCGGCGCCACUCGGGCGAGCGGGACCCGCUACUAUCCCUCUCUUCUCUCUGCCUCGGCCGGCCCGACGAGCGCCCCAUGCCGCUGCCUUCCCUAUGCUGCUCACCGCGGCGCUCUUGUGACCCCCGCUCCUCCCCGUGCCUUCCUUCCUGGCGCCCGUGCGGCUCAUGUGAGCGCGACUCACCCUUCCUUCUGCCACUGCGCGCUCGCUGCUAAUCUGGCGAACGCUCGCCGCCGCCGCUCCAGCCGUCCUGCUCCUAUCGCCUACCAUACGGGCGGAAGAUGCCUACGUGCCAUUCUCCAUGGUGCGGAUCCUUCUCUGGCGUGCGCGACCACUCUGCCUUCCCCUUGCCAGGCAGCCUCUGCGCCAGUGCAGCUCGAACGCCGUCAUUUGGCGUCACUCGCUCCUAGCGCAGAUCCCCACUUGGUCGUCGCCACCCAUGUCCCCUCCCCGUCCCCGAGGACGUUCCCUGUUUCUGGGGAGUUUCCCGGAAGCCUCGCCAACGGCCUCUCUCAUCCCGGCGCCGCUCUCGCUCUUCCGGAGAGCGGAACACUCUUGCGUCGCGGCGGGUUCCACGGUCCUCGCCAGGUCCGCGUGCUCUCUCUCGCAGCCACGCGUCUCUAUCCAUGCCACCGCCGUGCCCGUCGUCGCCUGCUCCCACGCCCGUCGAUCCUUCUUCUCGACGGUCCCGUGCAAGAGGGAUUCGAUCUGCGCGAAAGGCCGGGCGGCGCAGCGAUCGCUCCAAUGACCGCCCUCGUUCACGUGAUGGCUCGCGUCGCGGCCGUUCCUCCUCCCGGCAGCUGA